AUGCAGGUAGCUGGGGCCCUUAAGCAAAAAGGUAACGCAUGCUUCAACAACGGGGACAUUGAUGGCGCAGCAGCAGCCUACCAAGAAGCCAUUGGCCUUCUAUUGCAGGAGAAGAAGGGGAAGAACAUGCCGGAGGAAAAGAAUGGCGUCAUACAUGACAUUGUCGGUGGUGCCGGGGAGUUGCUUGCAGUUUUGUAUUCAAAUUUAAGUAACCUUUAUAACAUUAAAGGGGAUUAUGAGGUGAGCUGGAAAGCUGCUCAGCAGGCGACGAUUUACGAUCCUACCUUUGCAAAGGGGUGGCUCCGUUACAUACAAGGAAGACGAAUGGACGGAUACCCCUUUGAGGCCUUCGUGACGCUAUUGCGACGACUUCGACCUCUACUACGGAACUCUCCACCGUCCACUCUACCGAAGCACAUUGCGGGUGAUGUGGCGCUGGUGGAGGCACCACUGUACGAAGAUUUGGGUCUCUCCAGGGUGUUGCCUCACAUUGAGCUGGAUGAGUAUGAGGGUGGUGUUGGCAUUGUCGCUCGCAGAGCGGUGAAACCCAACGAAAUUAUUCUCGUGGAAAAACGGUUUGAAACCUUCUUUGCAGAAAUGGAUCUCGGCGCCCAGAGCGAUCUGACAACCAUGGGGAUUGUAACUCACUUUGCAAAUAAAAUGUAUCCGCACCAGUGUUCUCAUUCGGAGACAUGGGUUCGGUUUAACAAGCAGUUCAAGGGCUGCUGGCCACGCCGUCCAGAGGAAAUCUCGGCUGACGUUCGAAGUGAGCUUUCUCAUGCACUGCGAAGCCAGCUACCCGAGAUGGGUGACGAUGACUUUGAAUCGCUAUUUACUCUGGCUGUCAUUUGUCGGUACAAUUGUUUUCACUCCGGUUUUUUUCGUGCGUGCGCAUUGGCCAACCACAGCUGCCACGCGAAUGCCGCCAUGAAGUACAACCCGGAGGAUGAGACGGUAACACUUAUUGCCGUGCGGCCUAUAAGUGCUGGGGAUUUUGUGAAUGUCAAAUACCUCAGCGACGCCCACUUCCUUAUGGGUGUGGGGAAGCGAAGAGAGUAUCUUCGUUCCUGGCUAUUCUGGUGCAAGUGUGAUCGAUGCUCCAUGGACAGUGAGAACUCCGCCACACAAGAGCAAAUUAAAUGCCCUCACUGCCUUCGGUACACACAUCUUCCAUUCACGAACGAAAACACAGAGACAAAAGAUCACGAUCCACUUCUUUUACCAGAAAAACCGUGCUUGCAUUGUGGAGCGAGCGUUAAAUGGUCAGAAGACUCAAGGGCGAUGGUAUCACAAUUGGUGGUAUCAUUCAAUAAUAUUACCGGACAUGUGACAUACGAUAGACUUAUGACGUGGCUUUUGGAAGGGAUGCGUAAAAUAUCUGUAAUCCGCGUGCAUCCGGAUCACUGGCUAUAUCGUAUAUUGUUUUACUUUUUCUGCGUUCCAAUGACCUCCAUUGUAAAUGAAGGCUUUGAGCAGUUCAUGGCAAUGGGAUGGCAUUCAUCUCUUGUAGAAAUGUUGAUGCGCGACGUCGGUAUUCGACGCCUUUACAUGGAGGCCAUCCAUGCCAGGACGAACGAAGGCGGGUGUUCCAAGGAGAAAUGCGGGCAUGUUUCUGAAGGCUGCAGCGAAAUCAUUGGGUGCGGUGGUGCUGCCAUUAAUUCUGCUCUCCGAUCAACUCUCGUCAGAGGUAAUGGGGGGUGGUGA